AUGCUUAUUGGAAUACGGCGUCAGCAGUUUCGCCAAAACCUGCAAACUUCUUACUGUAGUGCGUCAAUAGUUCGAAGGGGUGCAGUAAGAAACUUGGCAUCAAAACGAACCUCAUACUAUUCCACGCAUGCACCAUCAUUGCCAACCUUGUGUUCUAGUAUCCCUUCGGCCAGCGAUAGGCCCACAACCCGCAUUCUCAAAAACAAGCCUCAGUCUCCUGUGGGACUUCCCCUCACACAAACAAGACCUCUUUCCUCUACAGCAGCAAACAUGGCAGCCACAAUAAUUGACGGGAACGCUAUUGCGAUGAAAAUUCGCCAAAAAAUUCACGCCGAAAUACAAGCAACAAGGGAAAUCAACCCUAGAUUUAAUCCAUCUUUAAAAAUUAUUCAAGUUGGCGAUCGUUCAGAUUCGUCAACCUAUGUUCGAAUGAAAUUGAAAGCAGCCGAAGAGGCAUCCAUAGAAUGUGAAAUUAUUCGAUUUCCUGUCACCACCACUGAAACUGAACUAUUGAAUAAAAUUUCACAACUCAACAACGACUUCUCAGUCCAUGGAAUCCUCGUUCAAUUACCUGUUCCCGAACAUAUAUCUGAAUAUGCUGUCACAUCAGCUGUAUCUGAAGACAAAGAUGUCGAUGGUUUUGGCGCUAACAACAUUGGAGAGCUAGCUAAACGUGGUGGUAAACCUCUUUUCACUCCCUGCACACCCAAAGGUGUUAUGGUACUACUGCAAGAGAGUGGUAUAAACCUCAAAGGCAAAAAUGCAGUUGUACUUGGACGUAGCGAUAUUGUCGGUAACCCAGUAAGCUACCUUCUUAGACGAGCAGAUGCCACUGUCACUGUCUGUCACAGAGAGACACAAAAUCUAGAAGAGCACCUUAAGAAUGCUGAUGUUCUAGUUUCAGCUGUAGGGAAGCCACAAUUUGUAAAGGGUGAAUGGUUAAAGCCAGGAGUAGUUGUCAUUGACGUGGGCACUAACUUUAUUCCUUGUGAAUCGAAAAAAGCUGGACGACAGUUAGUUGGCGACAUUGAUUUUGAUUCGGCUUCAAAAGUGGCUUCAAAAAUAACACCAGUUCCUGGAGGUGUUGGACCGAUGACCAUUGCUAUGUUACUACAGAACGUUGUUGAUGCGGCAAGAAGAAGUUAUGACGAACAAAUUUCAAGGUCCAUCAAACCUCUUCCGUUAAUACUGAAGACACCAGUUCCAUCUGAUAUUGCGAUUUCGCGAUCUCAACAGCCAAAAAAGAUUACCAAUGUUGCUGCGGAGAUAGGUAUUGCCGGUCACGAAUUAGAGCCCUACGGUGCACACAAAGCCAAGGUUAGUCUUGACGUACUCAAACGUUUGGGACACCGAAAAAACGGUCGCUUUGUUGUUGUCACUGGUAUAACGCCAACACCUCUUGGUGAAGGCAAGUCAACCACCACUAUGGGAAUUGCCCAAGCUCUUGGUGCCCAUCUCAACCGGGUCGCUUUUGCCAAUGUCAGACAACCUAGCCAGGGUCCGACAUUUGGUAUCAAAGGUGGUGCCGCUGGAGGCGGUUACAGUCAGGUUAUUCCAAUGGACGAAUUUAAUCUCCACUUGACAGGCGAUAUCCAUGCCAUAACUGCAGCCAACAACCUUUUAGCAGCUGCAAUAGAAACACGAAUGUUCCACGAAAAUACGCAGUCUGAUGCCGCACUCUACAAGCGUCUGGUACCUUCGAAAAAAGGAAAAAGACAAUUCACCCCUAUCAUGUUCCGUCGAUUGAAAAAACUUGGCAUCAACCAGGAAAAUCCAGACAAGCUCACUACGGAUGAGAUUCGCAAAUUCGCUAGACUUGAUAUCGAGCCUUCAACCAUCACCUGGAGACGUGUUCUUGACGUGAAUGAUCGUCACUUAAGGGGUGUAACAGUGGGAACUGCUGCUACUGAGAAGGGCCAGAGUCGCGAAACUGGUUUUGACAUAUCCGUAGCCAGUGAGUGCAUGGCCAUUCUCGCUCUCAGUAGUGAUCUGAAUGACAUGAGAGAACGUUUGGGAAGAAUGGUUAUUGGGUUCUCGAGACAAGGUGAUCCUGUUACUUGUGAUGACAUUGGUGCCGGGGGUGCGCUCACAGCUUUAAUGAAAGACGCUAUCAAACCAAACCUAAUGCAAACAAUGGAAGGGACCCCAGUUUUUGUCCACGCUGGACCAUUUGCAAAUAUCAGUAUCGGGGCUAGCUCAGUCUUGGCUGACAAAAUUGCGCUCAAACUUGCUGGAACUGAGCUGGACGAGAAUCAUAAUGAGAAAGCCGGAUUCGUCAUUACAGAAGCCGGGUUCGACUUUACGAUGGGAGGAGAACGAUUCUUCAACAUCAAGUGCAGAUCAUCUGGGCUUGUUCCUGAUGUAGUUGUUAUUGUAGCGACAGUUCGUGCGCUCAAGGUUCAUGGAGGCGGCCCCCCGAUUGUACCGGGUGCGGCCCUCAAUAAAGUCUAUGCUCAAGAGAAUGUCGAAAUUCUUCGCACAGGUUGUGUCAAUCUCAGAAAACACAUUAGUAACGCCAAAAUCUACGGUGUCCCAGUAGUUGUCGCUAUUAACAAAUUCGAGACUGAUACCGAUGCCGAAAUCCAGGUUAUUAGAGAGGAAUCAAUAGCAGCCGGUGCCGAGGAUGCAAUUCCUGCUAACCACUGGGCUGAGGGUGGAAAAGGCGCGAUUGAAUUGUCGAAAGGCAUAAUUGCCGCAUGUGAGAAAGAAAAAGACUUUAAAUUACUGUACAGUCUUGAUGGCAGUGUUCAAUCUCGCAUUGAAGCUAUAGGCCAAAAAAUGUACGGCGCCGCGAGCGUUGAAUUCAGUGAGAUUGCUCAGAAAAAGGUGGACAUGUACACGAGCCAAGGAUUCGGAAAUCUCCCGAUUUGUAUCGCUAAGACUCAGUAUUCCUUAUCCCAUGAUCCAGAUCUCAAAGGCGCACCAACUGGAUUUACUGUGCCCAUCCGAGACGUUCGUCUUGCUGCUGGUGCUGGUUAUUUAUAUGCACUCGCUGCAGACAUUCAAACAAUUCCGGGUCUACCAACUGCUCCGGGGUAUCUUAACGUUGAUGUUGAUACAGAGACCGGGGAAAUUGAUGGCCUUUUUUAA